AGAUAAUUUUAAAUCGCUAGGUAACCACUGUGUACCUAACACAAUGGUUACCUAGCGAUAAAAUUAAUAUAUCCACUAUAUCCUUUGUUAAUUAAAAUAAUGUACCUAUGUUUUCUUAAAGGAGCAACUGUUGAGUUUACUGCCGGCUCAUAUCAGCAGAUUCUGCCUUCUGAACUAGUAGAAUAGUAGGUAGUCACUAUAAUCUAUCUAGUCCUAACAAACAGACAGAACUGACGUUUCAAAAGUGUUUGUAAAUAAUUAAAAACACCUUGGAAUCAAUUAUGAAUUGUGAUGAUUAAAUAAUUAUAAUAUUUGUCUUCAUAUUAUUAUAGAAAUUAUUUGCGUGAAUUGCGUUUUUAGUACGUCAUGGUAGUCAGAUAAGAUAACAACACAGACAAUUAAAACGAUGAAUGGCAAUACGUAAACUUUAAUUCAAGGCAAAUAUCACCUUCCUUUAGAUUACAUGACUUUCCAUCACUUCACAUGUUUUAUUCGACUGAACAAGGUUGGCGUGUGUAGCGGCGGUAUCUUUUUGGUAGUGAAAUAAAGUUUUCUAUCUCUACAAAAUGGCAUAUUUUAAACCGGUUACUCAUGUAUUGUUCGAUAUGGAUGGGUUACUACUGAAUACUGAGGACUUGUACACUAUAGGAUUUGAAAAUAUUGCAUCUAGAUAUGGCAAAAAGUUUACAUUUGAACUCAAAUGCAAAAUAAUGGGGCAACACAGCAGAGAGUUUGCUGGCAACAUUAUCAAGGAGCUGGAUUUACCUCUAACCGUUGAUGAGUUUCUUGUGGAGACUAGAAAGAUUUUCGCAGAACUAUUUCCGCAGUGUAAAAUUAUGCCUGGUGUGGAAAAACUCAUUAAACAUUUAUCCAAACACAAAAUCCCAAUGGGUCUAGCAACGAGCAGUAGCAAGGAGACAUAUGACAUGAAAAUAACCCGGCAUCAGGAGUUCUUCAAGUUGCUGCCGUACAAGACGUAUGGUUCGGAUCCUGACGUGCAUAGAGGGAAACCGAAUCCCGAUAUAUUUUUGGUUGCAGCUGCUAAAUUUCCCCAGAAACCAGCUCCUGAGACCUGUUUGGUGUUCGAAGAUUCAUUGAACGGCGUAAAAGCAGCAGUAGCGGCCGGCAUGCAAGUAGUGAUGGUCCCGGAUCCUCGCUUCGAUCGCAGUUUGGCGCCACAAGCGACGCUCAUUCUAGACUCUAUGGAAGAUUUCCGUCCAGAAAUAUUUGGAUUGCCUCGAUUUUAUUGACACUGUUAAAGCCCUUUCACACUGGCGUUUUACAAGCGUGCGUAGGGAUGACGGUGCUAGCUAUUUGCUUAACUCGAUCGCUUUCCGUAAAAUUUAGGCCAAUGAACUUGUUUGUAAUAUAACGGUUUUUUUAGAAAAAUAGUUAAGCUAUUUGAGAAUUAAACAAACGUGAUUAUUGCCCUCAUUCAUGAGCUUAGUCACAAGUGAAGUGAACACGGCCAGAACCAGCUUAUAACUAAGAGCCCCGUAUGCUUUCUGAACUAGUCGGUCAUACUCUGACGUUGUAUCAUGUGAGUUUUAGCAGUGUUUCAUAAUAAAUUAAUAAAUAUGCUAUUAUAUAUUUUUUGUGUCACCUAAUGAAGUUGUAGUGCCAAACGUAGAUCAAAAAUACUAAUGACUAAUGUAAUACACGCAGGCUCGGUUGAAAAAAUGAUGCGUAAUCGAAUGUUAUGAGUUAUUUUGUUGUUUAAAAUAAAAACCACAGAAUUUGUUUGGUGUUAAACAAUUUUUCAUAGAAGAUGGUUUCUUUUAAAAAGCUUAUUUACCUUAAUUAUCUUUUAAAUAUGAGAUAUACCUAUUUGAGCUAUUGAGGUUUCUUUUAAGUCACUCGAUGAAAUUAAAAUGUAUAACAGAAUCGGAAAUAAACACUUUCAAAGAGAUCGAGUUAGCAAAUCACGCUUACAACGGUCAAGAUCAAGACAUAAACCGCGAACAUUACAUGCUAGUGUGAAGGAGUUUUACUCUGUUAAUUCAGGAAUAGACCAAGGUUGUGGUUUUGUUUUUAUUAACUGUAGUUCUUUAGUUAUAGCAUGACCAGACAAUAAAAAACCUGGAUGGUGCCACGAGUACUAAUAACAUAGGCUAGGGAAAUUAGUUCCAUUUUAUUCCGCAACAAGACGAGGUUUUUACUUUUUCUGGCAGGAAAUACCUACUAAUAGCAAUAUCGAUAGUUGUUAAAAUAUUAUU